AUGGCGAACGAUAAUGAGCGGCUGUUAAGUCCCCUUACGGAGGCCGAGGUGCUUUCAGCUAUCGUCCGGCUCAAUCGCCGUAAAUCGGCUGGCCUCGAUGAGUUGAACAAUGAUUUCUACAAGGAUACGGCGGCUCUUAUGGUCCCGGCUCUCGUCAUCAUCAGCAAUCAAAUACUUGCGGGGUCCGAGCUGCCUGCUUCUUUCCUGGAAUCCCAUAUUAUCGCUUUAAUGAAAAAAAGAUGA